AUGUCGUUGCCGUCAACGCUUCCAGCUGGUGCGUUGCCGUACGCGGCCUACCUCCCGGAAAUCGCUGCCGUGCAGCGGUUGGGUCAGCACCUGGGCAAUCAAGUGCAGGCAGCUGUCCACGAACAAUCCGCGCGUCUGGACGACGUGCAGAAUGCUCAGCAAAUGGAAAUGAACAAUCGGCUGAUGGCUGAGCUAGAGGACAAGAAGUCCUCGUCGAGCAGCUGCACGCACAGAAGAAGCAGACUUAGCCUCACGAGCAAAGUUUGCACCAAGCUGCCGCCGUCGCCCACGACUGCCCCCGCCGUCGCGGGCGUCCAAGUCAUCUGUGGGUUUCAAGAGGUGCCCAAGGCCCCGACGUUCAACGGCAGCACCAAGAUCCAGCGCGCGCCGCUGAGCGCAUGCAUCGACCCGUUUUCGUUCGAGCGCAUCGCUUACUGGGAGAUCUGGAAGGUCAGCCACGAGCUGACCUUCGACGACUGGAAGGAGCUUAGCUUCACCGUCAGCGACCUUAGGGCACUUGAACACAUUGUGCUUGGUGCUCAGGCACUUCAAACACGCACCUUCUCCAUGUCGACGUUCACGACUGCCACGACCUCGGGGGCCUUUCCAGAUUUGGGGGAUCAACUUGUCGGGCUUGGCGGUGGAGGGAACCGCCGCGGCCAUCAGCGGCUCGAACUCGCCGUAGCGACGCAUGUAGUCCGCCAGCCAGCGCUUGAAAUCGCGCACGUCCGGUCGACAGUUAGUUUUGGUUCGGCCUCCGCGAACCCCUCCAUUGAGAGGCGUAUGAGGACCGCCUCGAAAUCCGAGACCAAUUUUGACACCCGGGACUCGGCCGACUGCACGGUCGUGUCGAUCUUGAGCUUGGCCAUCGCGGCGAUCGCAGUCCCUGGCACCCCUAUUAAGGUCAAGGGUUUUGUUGGCCCUGCCCACACCGUCACCGAGGAAGCAACGAUGGACCUGCGGUUCAAGACGGACGCCGGCCCUCUGAUGCUUACGAAUGUCAAGUGCUGGGUGUCGACGGGCGACCUGCCUGCCAACGCCGAGUCUUUCACCGAUGCGAUCGACAUGGCCGACGCGGUCUCGCACAGCGGGGUCGUGCAGGCCGUGCUGGCCGUGUCCCACAAGCUCGUGGAUGACUUGGCUGAGGAGGAGGAGGAGGUGUUGCCCCUGGAGAUGGUCUCAUGUUUCCCCGACAUGGUGGCCGGCGAGACCGCUGCUGAGACCACCAAGGUCAAGGAGGGGUUGGAUGCGAAGCUGUACGUCGACGUGUUCCGUUUGAGUCUGGGCGGCGACCCGCCCGUCAAGAUGCCGCUGUUGAAGGUGCACUUGGCCAAUGGGGCGCGGCCGAUAAGAUGCAAGGCCCGUCGGUACUCCCUGCCACAACGAGAAUUCAUGCAGCAACAUGUGAAGGAGUUGGAGGCAGCCGGUUUUGUCUACCGGAACCCCGCCAGCCGGUGGGCCUCGGUCCCCCUGAUCGUACGCAAACCCCACACCAAGGAUGAGUUCCGGAUGACGGUGGACCUGGAUCAACAGCCAGACUGA